CUGCUUGGCGGACGAGGCGGAGCUGGAGGAAGAGCCGGGCAGCUCCUACCCGCCGGGGGCUCCCGACUCCGAGGAUGAGACGAGCGGCGGCGGCAGCAGCGAUGGCGAGGAGAGCGGCGGCGACGUCUACUUCUACUACACGGUGGACGAGCGCUGGAUCGACUACCUGGAGCGGACGGAGGGCGGCGGCCUCAUCCGGCACACGCGGCCCAAGAUGAAGCGCAAGUCAGAGAGCGGCCCGGAUGGCAGAGCCCAGUCGCCUGGCAAGAAGCUGUGCAAGGGCUCCGAGAGGGGCAGAGUGCUGGGCCCCUGUGUCGCUAGCCCCACGGCCACCUUUGGAGAUUUGCGGAAUGCCAAGGCAGGCCAGGCGCGCUGCCGGCAUGUCCCCCCAAUGACACCACCCCCUGAGCUGCAGGACUGGCUGCGGACUUUCCAGCGCUGGAGUGGCCCAGAGAAGCUGCUGGCUCUGGAUGAGCUCAUUGACCGCUGUGAGCCUCCUCAGAUCAAGCACAUGAUGCAAGUGAUUGAGCCCCAAUUCCAGCGGGAUUUCAUAUCACUGCUGCCCAAAGAGUUGGCGCUCUAUGUGCUCUCGUUCCUGGAGCCGCGGGACCUGCUCCGGGCGGCGCAGACCUGUCGCUACUGGCGGAUUUUGGCCGAGGACAACCUGUUGUGGCGGGAGAAGUGCCGCGAUGCAGGUAUCGAGGAGCCCCUGAGUCUGCGCAAGCGCCGGCUGCUCAGCCCAGGCUUCAUGUACAGCCCCUGGAAACUGGCCUUCCUGCGGCAGCACCGAAUCGACAUGAAUUGGCGUGGCGGGGAUGCCCGCCCCCCCAAGGUUCUGAAAGGCCACGAUGACCAUGUCAUCACCUGCCUCCAGUUUUGUGGCAACCGCAUUGUGAGCGGCUCAGAUGACAACACGCUCAAGGUGUGGUCAGCUGUCACCGGGGAGUGCGUUCAGACCCUGGUGGGGCACACGGGGGGUGUCUGGUCCUCCCAGAUGAGGGACAACAUCGUGAUCAGCGGUUCAACAGACCGCACCCUGAAGGUGUGGAAUGCGGACACGGGCGAGUGCGUGCAUACCCUCUAUGGGCACACCUCUACCGUGCGCUGCAUGCACCUCCAUGGCAGCAGGGUGGUGAGUGGGUCACGGGAUGCCACCCUCCGCCUCUGGGACAUCGAGACAGGACAGUGCCUGCAUGUGCUGAUGGGCCACGUGGCUGCUGUCCGCUGCGUCCAGUAUGACGGGCACAAGGUGGUGAGUGGUGCCUAUGACUACACGGUCAAGGUCUGGGACCCCGAGACAGAGAGCUGCAUCCACACCUUGCAAGGCCACACCAAUCGUGUCUACUCCCUGCAGUUUGAUGGGACCCACAUUGUGAGCGGCUCUCUGGACACCUCGAUCCGCGUGUGGGACGCUGAGAGCGGCAACUGCCUGCACACGUUGAUGGGGCACCAGUCCCUGACCAGCGGCAUGGAGCUGCGUGACAACAUCCUGGUCUCUGGCAAUGCCGACUCCACGGUCAAGAUCUGGGACAUCAAGACGGGCCAGUGUCUGCAGACCUUGCAAGGUCCCAGCAAGCACCAGAGUGCCGUCACCUGCCUCCAGUUCAGCUCCAAGUUUGUCGUGACCAGCUCAGACGACGGCACCGUCAAGCUGUGGGACCUCAAGACGGGCGAGUUUGUGCGCAACCUGGUGGCGCUGGAAAGUGGCGGCAGUGGGGGGGUGGUCUGGCGCAUCCGCGCCUCCAACACAAAGCUGGUGUGCGCCGUGGGCAGCCGCAACGGGACUGAGGAGACCAAGCUGCUUGUUUUGGAUUUUGACGUGGACCUGAAAUGA